AUGUUGCCCACUCUGCAUGAUAGAUCAUUGCACUGGCUUAUCAAUGGCUAUCAUGCUAUUAACAAGCCCAACAUUUUUAGACAAGCAUUUUUUCAAUGCAAGGCUGGCACUUCAUUCAAUCUCUCCUUCGACAGCCUUACCAGCCACGAAGCUCUUCAAGUGCUACGUGAUGUAGAGAAGAAUGACGUCAAGACAUGGGACCAAAUCAAGAUGGCUCAAUACAAUGCUGCAAAACCUCAAUCCGAGUCAACACUAGAUGAGGUUGAGCCACCAUUUGCGCAUGCUGCGGAUGUUGACCUGGAUCCUUGUGAUAUUCCUGUUGAUGCGGUUCUACUUCACAUCACAUCAGGAGGGUCAGUCCCUCAUGGCUAUGGUACUGAUAAUUCUGGUAAUCUGCUGCCUUGCAACCAGGCAGAAAGUUAUGAUCAAGAGCUUAAAGCUUCUACCACUAAGGGUGAUGAAGAGGUUUUUGGUCGUGGAAAGUGCAGACAUGUGGAAAAUACUCAGUACAAAAUUUUUUGGAAACAUUAA